AUUCUCUGAUUCGUCCCCUUUUGUACAGUUUGGUUCUUAGAGCUUCUCUGAGUCUUGCUGAGUUGAAUUGAGCUGGUUGCAAUCACUCUGCUUCUUGGGGUUGAUCGUGUAUUCAAGUGGUGGAUGAGUCUGUUCCAUGUGCUAGGGUUUGGUGUCAAGAUUGGGCAUCUCUUCUGGAUGCUAUGCUGCUGGUUUGUUUCUUGGUUCGUUGAUAAUGGGAUCGAGGACAACAAGUCUGGUCUUCUAGUUGGCUCUGUCGGUGAUCUUGAGAAGACGAAGAUGACAACGAUGAAGAAGAAGAAUAAGAUGUGGUUCUGGAAUAAGAUCUCCAGCAGUGGACUCAAGAUCCCGAGUUUCUCUUAUCAGUUUCUUGGCUCAGUUAAAUUCAACAAGGCAUGGUGGAGGAAGGUUGUGGUGGUUUGGGUCGUCUUCUGGGUAUUGGUCUCAAUAUGGAUGUUCUGGUACUUUAGCUCUCAAGCUAUGGAAAAAAGGAAAGAGACGCUAGCUAGUAUGUGCGAUGAGAGAGCUCGUAUGCUGCAGGAUCAGUUCAACGUUAGCAUGAAUCAUGUUCAAGCCAUGUCUAUCUUGAUCUCAACCUUUCACCAUGGCAAGAUUCCUUCUGCUAUCGACCAGAGAACAUUCUCAGAGUACACUGAUAGAACUUCCUUUGAGAGGCCUCUUACGAGCGGGGUCGCAUAUGCUAUGAGGGUGCUCCAUUCAGAGAGGGAAGAAUUCGAGAGGCUACAAGGUUGGACUAUUAGGAGGAUGUAUUCUCUUGAACAAAACCCAGUUCACAAGGAUGACUAUGACCUGGAAGCUUUGGAACCAUCCCCUGUCCAAGAGGAGUAUGCUCCAGUCAUCUUUGCUCAGGACACUGUUUCUCACGUGGUUUCUCUCGAUAUGCUGUCUGGGAAAGAAGAUCGUGAAAACGUGUUACGGGCCAGGAGUUCAGGUAAAGGUGUUUUGACAGCUCCUUUUCCAUUGAUAAAGACAAAUAGACUUGGGGUGAUCCUGACAUUUGCAGUCUACAAGAGAGAUCUCCCCUCCAAUGCAACGCCAAAAGAGAGAAUUGAGGCUACUAAUGGGUAUCUCGGUGGAGUGUUUGACAUUGAGUCCCUGGUAGAAAACUUGCUUCAACAGCUGGCUAGCAAGCAAACGAUUCUUGUCAAUGUAUACGAUACCACCAAUCACUCUGAACCGAUUAGCAUGUAUGGUACAAAUGUGUCGGCUGAUGGGUUGGAACGUGUUAGUCCACUAAUCUUCGGCGAUCCAUUUAGAAAGCAUGAAAUGCGUUGCAGAUUUAAGCAGAAACCACCAUGGCCAGUUCUAUCAAUGGUGACAUCAUUCGGUAUCCUUGUGAUUGCGUUGCUUGUUGCACAUAUAAUCCACGCAACCGUGAGUCGAAUACACAAAGUUGAAGAAGAUUGUGACAAAAUGAAGCAGCUCAAGAAAAAGGCUGAAGCAGCAGAUGUUGCUAAGUCACAGUUCCUUGCCACUGUUUCACAUGAAAUCAGAACUCCAAUGAAUGGUGUUCUAGGAAUGUUGCAUAUGCUUAUGGACACAGAGUUAGAUGUUACGCAACAGGAUUAUGUUAGGACCGCACAGGCAAGUGGAAAAGCUUUAGUCUCGCUAAUAAAUGAGGUUUUGGACCAAGCAAAGAUUGAAUCUGGAAAGCUUGAGCUUGAAGAGGUGCGGUUUGAUUUGAGAGGAAUAUUAGAUGAUGUCCUGUCACUCUUCUCGAGCAAGUCCCAACAAAAGGGGGUAGAGUUGGCAGUAUACAUAUCUGAUCGUGUUCCAGAUAUGUUAAUUGGUGAUCCUGGGAGGUUUCGACAAAUACUCACAAAUCUUAUGGGUAAUUCCAUUAAGUUCACUGAGAAAGGACACAUCUUUGUAACUGUCCAUUUGGUGGAGGAGCUAUUUGAAUCUAUCGAUGGAGAGACAGCAUCGUCUCCGGAAAGUACACUGAGCGGGCUUCCAGUUGCAGACCGGCAGAGGAGCUGGGAAAACUUUAAAGCUUUCUCCAAUGAGCACCGGAGCUUUGAACCAUCUCCCCCUGAUAUCAACCUAAUCGUCUCAGUCGAGGAUACUGGCGUAGGGAUACCUUUAGAAGCGCAGUCCCGAAUUUUUACGCCUUUCAUGCAAGUCGGACCAUCCAUAUCCAGGACGCAUGGAGGCACAGGAAUUGGGCUUAGCAUAAGCAAAUGUCUAGUUGGACUGAUGAAGGGAGAAAUUGGAUUCUCGAGUACUCCCAAGGUCGGGUCCACGUUCACAUUUACUGCUGUAUUUUCCAAUGGGAUGCAACCAACUGAAAGAAAGAAUGACCCGCAGAACAAUAACCAGCCCAUAUUCUCGGAAUUUCGGGGCAUGAAAGCUGUGGUUGUGGACCAUAGGCCUGCUAGGGCAAAAGUCUCGUGGUACCAUUUUCAGCGCCUGGGAAUUCGAGUUGAAGUAGUUCCACGUGUUGAACAGGCUCUACGUUAUCUGAAGAUUGGUACUACCACUGUGAAUAUGAUACUCAUAGAGCAAGAAAUAUGGAAUAGGGAAGCAGAUGUGUUCAUUAAAAAGCUGCAGAAAGACCCUCUUUUCCUUUCUCCUAAGUUGAUUUUGUUAGCAAACUCAGUAGAAUCGUCAAUAUCAGAGGCUUUAUGCACCGGUAUAGAUCCUCCAAUAGUGAUAGUGAAACCAUUGAGGGCGAGUAUGCUAGCAGCAACUUUGCAGAGGGGAUUGGGUAUUGGAAUCAGAGAACCACCUCAGCACAAGGGACCUCCUGCUUUGAUUUUGAGGAAUCUUCUCCUUGGUAGAAAAAUUUUAAUCGUGGAUGAUAACAACGUAAACCUCAGAGUGGCAGCGGGAGCUCUGAAAAAGUAUGGAGCUGAUGUGGUCUGCGCUGAGAGUGGGAUAAAGGCAAUCUCAUUGCUUAAGCCACCUCACGAGUUUGAUGCUUGCUUCAUGGACAUUCAGAUGCCAGAAAUGGAUGGAUUUGAAGCUACGAGGAGAAUACGGGAUAUGGAAGAGGAGAUGAACAAGAGAAUAAAGAAUGGGGAGGCUUUGAUAGUAGAGAACGGUAACAAAACAAGCUGGCAUCUUCCGGUAUUAGCAAUGACGGCAGACGUGAUCCAAGCAACGCAUGAGGAAUGUCUAAAGUGUGGAAUGGAUGGAUACAGAAUCAUAAGAGGAGAUGGGGCUGGAAGAAGAACGGCAAAGGAAACACAAAAACUCGUGUCUCCUAUGCAUCUUGAAGUAGUACGUUUCUUCUCCGGUGUAAUCAUGACAACCUCAAAGCGACUCGCAGACAGGAAGAUUGAGAAAUUCGACAAGAACAUAUUAAAAAGAGGAUUUGUUCCUGAGACCACCACCAAGAAGGGCAAAGAUUACCCCGUUGGUCCCAUCCUCCUCGGCUUCUUCGUCUUCGUUGUCAUUGGAUCAUCUCUCUUCCAGAUCAUCAGGACCGCAACUAGUGGAGGAAUGGCUUAAACCCAAUCACAUUCUCAAAAUUAAUAUCUCUUCUUCUUCUCUUCUUACUUGUCUCUUUUUCCCCUUAUACUGUAGAAUGCGACUACUUUCUGUUGACUACAUGUUAUGAAGAAUUUUGAGAGUCUUUUCUAAAAAUAUCCACUCUUUACUAUUGUCUUGAAGUUACUUUGCCAUUGUUGUUAUGCUUUUGUAUUCGUGUUGACUUGUCUCAACUUGGUUCGCCCAUAUAUCCCGUUGA